AUGGAGCAGUUAAAAAAGGUUGACAACUUGCGCAUACCCAGAUGGUAUUUUGCUACGAGUAACCGUCUCGAACAAAACACUGCUACGACUGCGAGCGACUACGAGAGCCUAGCUGCAUCUACGAACGCUACGACGAUACCGCAGGACGCGAGCCCUAUUACCGAAGACAUGAGUGCGAGUGAGACGGGGCUAGAACUACACGUGUUCUGUGACGCAUCCCCGCACGCCUACGCCGCGGUGGCUUACUGGCGAAAAAGGUGCGACGACGGCAAAGUGGUCGUUUCCUUUAUAAGCAGUAAGAGCAGAGUGACACCGCCGUCGAAAUCCACAACAAUACCUAGACUUGAGUUGCAGGGCGCGUUACUUGGAUGUCGUCUGGCAGAUGGCAUUAAAAAGGAGCACCGCCUGCAACCCACUGCCACCUUUUAUUGGACUGACUCUACAACGGUGUUGCACUGGAUAAGAAACGAAUCAAGAAGCUACAAGACUUUUAUUGCUAACAGACUCGGAGAGAUCGAUGAGUUGAGCAAAAUUUCCGAGUGGAAUUACGUUUCUUCCGAACUGAAUGUAGCUGACUUGAUUACAAAGAACAUCGCCGACUGCGAGCUGAGCAGAGACUGUGUGUGGUUCACCGGUCCUCUGUUUCUUCGUGACGAGCGCGCGCUAUGGCCGCGAGACCCUGUGAAAGAGGUAAAGAUUAGUGAUGACAUCUUGGAAAAAGUAAAUUUAUUACAUGAAAUGAAUAAGAAAAACGACCUACCAGUACCAGAUCCCCAACGCUUCUCCAGCUGGUUGCGUUUGCUGCGUGCCACUGCAACUGUCUUAUUGUUCAUAGAAAAAUGCAAAAAGAAGAAACUUACCGUUGUAACCGAUGAGCUGAUGCAAAAGGCGGAGAAGCUUCUGAUACGUCAUGCACAAGAGCAAAGCUUUCAAGAAGAAAUUAACCUUCUCAAGCAGGACAAACCACUGAGAGCCGAUAGCAGACUGCGGUCACUCACCCCGUACCUGGACAACGACGGUUUGCUGAGGGUUGGCGGCCGUAUAGACGCCGCGAAGGCUGUGAGUGACGAGGUAAAGAAUCCUGCCAUUCUAGAUGGACGACAUGAGACCGCGAGACUCAUAGUGAAGCACUAUCACGUCCGCGCCGCACACUCAUGCAACGAACUGGUGGUGAAUGAGCUGCGCCAAAAGUACUGGCUUCUCCGAUUGCGCCCCACUGUUCGCACGGUUGCCAGCCAAUGUAAUGUCUGCCGCAUACGCAAAGCAAUGCCAAAUCCGCCUAGGCUUGGAGACCUGCCCGAAGCUAGAUUAACCCACCAUCAGCGACCAUUCACAAUUUGUGGACUUGACCUGUUCGGCCCCAUCGAGAUCACCGCCGGCCGACAAAAGCUGCAACGAUACGGAGUGCUGUUCACGUGCUUGACAGUACGCGCUGUUCAUAUUGAACUUGUAGCGUCCCUAACAGCUGACGCACUUAUAAUGGCACUUCGCAGGAUGGCAGCACGCCGAGGAUGGCCGAAAUCUAUAUACUCGGACAAUGGAACGAAUAUGCGAGGCGCAGACAGCGAACUUGUAAAGGCCUUUCGAGAACUGGACCAAGAUGCUGUAGCUAUGCAAGCAGUCAACAAAGGCGUAGACUGGCACUUCAUACCUCCAGUGAGCCCCCAUAUGGGAGGUGCAUGGGAACGCCUAAUACGCAGUGUCAAGACCGCGCUCAAGGCUGUACUCAAAGAGAGAUCACCGAAGGAGGAAGUUCUUACAACGCUAAUGGCGGAAGUAGAGAAUAUGGUGAACAGUCGCCCUCUAACGCACGUAUCAGUAGAUCCGCAUAGCCAAGAAGCAUUAACACCUAAUCACUUCCUGAUCGGAUCGCCAUCAAACUUGCCCCUACCAGGUGUCUUCAAUGACGGAGAUUUAUAUCUGCGAAAGCAGUGGAGAACCGCGCAACGCCUCGCUGAUCUCUUCUGGAACCGCUGGGUGAAAGAGAGACCGCCAGCCGUGGGCCAGGAAGGAGCAUUGAAAUGCCAUUCAAUGCCCCACUCAGACAGAGUCCGUGCCGCGCCCACAAAGUUCGUGCCUUUAUCGCUGUAUAUGUGUUGGGGCUUUCCUCUACGGGCACAGAAACGUUUCAAGGCGUUCAAGAAGGCAGCUGUGCUGAGAUCGGACACCAGUUCGAGGUGA